GAGGCUGAAGGGACGCGUGGUUGGAGCCCGGUGAGGCGCCGCCGGCGGGUCGGCGGUCCGCGCUCGGCUCAGCUUGGCGCGCAGCUCUUGUUCCGUCCGCAUCCCGGGGAUUCCUAGCGGGUGGCGGCAAAACAACUUCUCCCAAAAGCCGGCAAGUGUAUAGCCAAAGACCGCCCCCUUUUCACACCGGAGCCCCUAAUGCAUCUACUUAAUAAAUGGUUAUAGGCGUGGGAGAGUUCACAAGUCCUGGAACUUUGUCCACGGCCAUGUCAACAGCGUGUUUUCAUCCCGAACAAAGGGCAACCCUCCUUUUGGAUGGUGCGAGGAAGUAGACCUGGGACAGCGUCGGCGGGAACGUACUUGUUGAGUGCUGCUUAGACGCUUGUGAAAAACUGGAAUAUUAUGUAGCAGGCGCCUCUGCUGAGUCAUGUUUCUGCGCGCUGCGACUGUGGGGAGACAGUUUCAAAAGACGUUCUCCCUGACCACUGCUGUGAUCACGGUUCUGAAGCCACCUUGGUGUCUGCACAGAGAGACUGUAAUUGGUAGAUAACGAGGGUUGCCCAACCAAGCCAAAGAUGCAGAGCACUCCUAAUCAUCUGUGGCUUCUGUCUGACAUUUUAGGCCAAGGAGCGACUGCAAAUGUCUUUCGUGGGAGACACAAGAAAACUGGUGAUUUAUUUGCUAUCAAAGUAUUUAAUAAUAUAAGCUUUCUUCGUCCAGUGGAUGUUCAAAUGAGAGAAUUUGAAGUGUUAAAAAAACUCAAUCACAAAAAUAUUGUCAAAUUAUUUGCUAUUGAAGAGGAGACAACAACAAGACAUAAAGUUCUUAUUAUGGAAUUUUGUCCAUGUGGGAGUUUAUAUACUGUUUUAGAAGAGCCAUCUAAUGCCUAUGGACUACCAGAAUCUGAAUUUUUAAUUGUUUUGCGAGAUGUGGUGGGUGGAAUGAAUCACCUCCGAGAGAAUGGCAUAGUGCACCGUGAUAUCAAGCCGGGAAACAUCAUGCGUGUUAUAGGGGAAGACGGGCAGUCUGUGUACAAACUCACAGAUUUUGGUGCAGCCAGAGAAUUGGAAGAUGACGAACAGUUUGUUUCUCUGUAUGGCACAGAAGAAUAUUUGCAUCCUGAUAUGUAUGAGAGAGCAGUGCUGAGAAAAGACCACCAGAAGAAGUACGGGGCGACAGUGGAUCUCUGGAGCAUCGGGGUGACGUUCUACCACGCAGCCACCGGCUCGCUUCCCUUCAGACCCUUCGAGGGGCCUCGUAGGAAUAAAGAAGUGAUGUAUAAAAUAAUUACAGGGAAGCCUUCUGGUGCAAUAUCUGGAGUACAGAAAGCAGAAAAUGGGCCGAUUGACUGGAGUGGAGAUAUGCCUGUCUCCUGCAGUCUUUCUCGGGGUCUUCAGGUGCUGCUUACCCCUGUUCUUGCAAAUAUCCUUGAAGCAGAUCAAGAAAAAUGUUGGGGUUUUGACCAGUUUUUUGCUGAAACUAGUGAUAUACUUCACCGAAUGAUCAUUCAUGUUUUUUCACUGCAACAAAUGACGGCUCAUAAGAUUUACAUUCAUGGCUAUAAUACUGCUACUGUAUUUCAUGAACUGGUGUAUAAACAAACCAAAAUUAUUUCUUCAAAUCAAGAACUUAUCUAUGAAGGACGACGCUUAGUCCUCGAGCCUGGAAGACUGGCCCAGCAUUUCCCUAAAACUACUGAGGACAAUCCCAUCUUUGUAGUAAGCCGGGAACCCCUGAGUACCACAGGGUUGAUAUAUGAAAAAAUUUCUCUUCCGAAAGUACAUCCACGUUAUGACUUAGACGGGGAUGCUAGCAUGGCCAAGGCAGUCACAGGGGUUGUGUGUUACUCCUGCCGAACCGCCAGCACCCUGCUGCUUUACCAGGAGUUGAUGCGGAAGGGGGUGCGAUGGUUGAUCGAAUUAGUUAAAGAUGAUUACAACGAAACUGUUCACAAAAAGACAGAAGUUGUGAUCACAUUAGAUUUCUGCAUCAGAAACAUUGAAAAAACUGUGAAAGUAUAUGAAAAGUUGAUGAAGAUCAACCUAGAAGCAACAGAGUUAGGUGAAAUUUCAGAUAUACACACCAAAUUGUUGAGGCUUUCAAGUUCUCAGGCCACGAUAGACGCCAGUCUCCAGGACAUCAACACCAGAUUAUCCCCAGGUGGGCUGCUGGCAGACUCGUGGGCACACCAGGAAGGAACUCAUCCCAGAGAUCGGAAUGUAGAAAAACUACAAGUCCUGUUAAAUUCCAUCACAGAGAUUUAUUAUCAGUUCAAAAAAGACAAAGCAGAACGAAGACUAGCUUAUAAUGAAGAACAAAUCCACAAAUUUGAUAAGCAGAAACUGUAUUACCAGGCCACAAAAGCUAUGGCCCUCUUUACAGACGAAUGUAUUAAAAAGUACGAGGCAUUUCUGAACAGGUCAGAAGAAUGGAUGAGAAAGAUGCUUCAUCUUAGGAAACAGUUAUUAUCUCUGACUAAUCAGUGUUUUGACGUUGAAGAAGAAGUAUCAAAGUACCAAGACUACACCAGCGAGUUACAAGAAACUUUGCCUCAGAAAAUGUUUGCAGCCUCCAGUGGACUCAAACAUACCAUGGCCCCAAUUUAUCCAAGUUCUAACACAUUAGUGGAGAUGACUCUGGGCAUGAAGAAAUUAAAGGAGGAGAUGCAAGGGGUGGUUAAAGAACUUGCUGAAAAUAAUCAUAUUUUAGAAAGGUUCGGCUCCCUGACCAUGGACGGUGGCCUUCGCAAUGUUGACUGUCUUUAGCUUUUCAAGGUGUUUGAGGAAAGUUUCAGUUUGCACAAAAUAUGCUGGGGCAUUAAAUGAAUGCCGUAGUAAGUGGCUUUCAUUUCUACAAUUCAGGAUUUGAUGUGGUCCUGUAAAUAUGUACAGUACUGUAAAUACAUUAAAAUAUAUGAAUUUUUGGCUGCUGUGAAGAUGUAAUUUUACCUUUUAACAUUUAUAAUUAUGUGAAGAAAUUUGAACUCUGAGCUCAAGAAGAAAGCCAUGACCGACCGAUAUGUUGAAAUCCUCCACUCCGAGUGAGGCUAACAAGUCACUCUCUGCCUGCCUGCCUGCUGGGAUGUUUUUAAGUGGAACCAUAACUGAGAUCCUCAUGAACUGGAGAGACUGCAAUUUGACACAUUUAUAAGUGGAAGAAUGGCGUGGUGGCUGCCGAGAGUGGGGAACCGAACCGAACCACUGUUUUACUAGGAUCACGAUUUUUUUGAGAAGGAUAAAGUGGCAUUAUUUCAUUUUACAGGGGCGCAGAUCUCAAUUAUUCUUGAGUCCAUCUAAUUUCCAAUGAAUUAUUGAACAAAGUUUCUUCUUUUUUUUUUGAGACAGAAUCUCACUUUGUCACCCUGGGUAUCACAGCUCACAGCAACCUCAAACUCUUGGGCUCAAACGAUCCUCCUGCCUCAGCCUCCCAAAUAGCUGGGACUACAGGUGCCUGCCACAACACCCAGCUAGUUUUUUAGAGACAGGGCUUCACUUUUGCUCAGGCUGGUCAGAACUUCUGAGCUCAGGCAGUCCACCCACCUUGGCCUCCCAGAAUGCUAAGAUUACAGGCGUGAGCCACCCCACCUGGGCUUGAGCAAAGUUUCUAAAGGGAACUCAUUAUUUAAAAAGACUCGUUUCUCUUUUGGCCAUAAAUGUGUAAUUGUCACAAAAGCUUUAGGGUCAUUUCAACUGUUUUAAGCGGUAUAUUUCUUUAAUUCUGCUUACUAUUUCAUGGAAAAAAAUCAAUAAAUGUCCUGAUUUUAAUGUAAAGAAUUUGUGUGUUUCUGUGUAUCCAAUUUGAGAAACAGAAUUUGUCUUUUGAAAGAAAUGGUAUGAGUAGUAGUAAAUUAUUCUCUCCUAAAUCCGCUCAUUCCAUAUUUAGAAGUUUUCAUUAAUUCAUGAUGUACAAAUCAAAAGGCAACAUUUUCUUUGAAAAAUCCAUCCAGAGUCAUAGGUUAACAGACUGUGCUCAUCAAGAAAUUAUUUUAUCCAACAGAAUUUUCAUGUGUUUUGGUUUUGGUUUCUGGCUUAUCAGGCAGAGGUGGGGGUGAUUCACACACACUGUAGAUCAUAAAGCUGUCCCCCCUAAAGUUGGCUAUAGGAUGUCAAAAACUAAGUCAUUCUAAGAACUGAGAAAGGAUUGCUUUUUAUUUGAGUUACUGGUUCAUUAUCAUAGUGGGGAAUUUUAAGUGUCACUGCAUACGUUACAGAAAUAAAUGCAGGGUGGCGCCUGUGGCUCAGUGAGUGGGGCGCUGGCCCCAUGUAUCGAGGGUGGCGGGUUCAAACCCAACUGAACUGCAACCAAAAAAUAGCCGGGCGUCGUGGCGGGUGCCUGUAGUCCCAGCUGCUCGGGAGGUUGAGGCAGGAGAAUCGCCGAAGCCCAAGAGCUGGAGGUUGCUGUGAGUCCUCUGACAUCUUGGCACUCUACCUAAGGCAGUAAAUGAGACUCUGUCUCUACAAAAAAAAAAAAAAUGCAAAGGUGAAUGCCCUGAUUACUGUAAAUAGUUAUCCAUGGUCAGGCAUCUGCUUAGUCUGAGAGUGUGGGGCAAGUGUUUAAUCCCUCGAUUUAAAUUUUCUAUUUGACCUUUUAACAUUAUAGUUUAAAUGUUUGUAUCAUUGAAUGUCAGGUAAAAAAUUUUACUCAAGUUCUGUCAUGAUUUUAGCACCUCUAGUAAAGAGCAGCAGGAAGCAGCCAUUACUAUAGGGGUUGUGUUUGUAUUAUAGUAUUGACAGAAAUGUACCUGUUCCUUACUAGUAUUUUUUAAGGUUUACUGGGUUUUGGUUUUUGGUUUUUGUGGGGUUUUUUGGAGAUAAGUUCUCACCCUGUUGCCCAGGCUACAGUGCAGUGAGUCACAGCUCACAGCAACCUCAAACUCCUGGGCUCAAGUGACCCUCCUGCCUCAGCCUCCUGAGUAGCUGGGACCACAGGUGCACACCCAGCUAAUUAUUUUUUUUUUUUAAUUUUUUGUAGAGAUGGGGGUCUCAUCAUGUUGCCCAGGCUGGUCUUGAACUUUUGGGUUCAAACAGAACUCUACCCUUGGCCUCUCAAGUGCUGGGAUUACAGGCGUGAGCCACGUGCCCAGCCAGACUUACUGUUUCAUUCCCCCAUCAUGGUGACGUGGAAUAGAGCAGUCUUGCUUCCAAUAGUUUACCCUCAAAAAUGCACCCUCAUUCAAAACAUGUUAAGUCAGUAAAUGAAUCAUGAUCUGUUUUCAGUCUGCUUUCAGUGACGAGUGAAAUUAACUUUAAAAUAAGUUACAGCUCCCAUUUAGUAGUGUUUUUCAAUAUUAGAAUGUUUCCAAAAGAUAAGGACUAAUGGCAUAAAAGAUAUAUAUAUAUAUAUAUAUAUAUAUAAAACAAAUACAAAUAGAAGAAUUAGUAGACUUAGCAUGACAGACAUUAUAAGUUCUAACAAAAAUUAAAGAGGAAAUUAUUGAAUAUAAAGUGUGUGAAAAGAGGUAGCUUCAAGUAAAUAGAAUUUUAAGGUUAGGAAAGAAA